UCAAGCCUCGGCUCGACUUGGCCCGGGUGCGUGUGGCAUGGCUGCAGAGGAGCAAGGCGAGCUGAGCUUGACAUUCUUCUGCAAGGCAAAUGCGCCUCUGAAGCUGUCCUUCCCAGCCACCCUUACAGGGGAGGAGCUCAAGGAGCGGCUCCGGGAGCCGCUGCAGCUGGGCGGUGAGGCCUUGGCGCUGAGCUUCCAGAAUGGGUCCAGGAACUCUGUGAAGAAGGUCCUGGAAGAGAAGCAAAGCCUUGCAGAGCAGGGGGUCGAGGAUGGAGCCUCUGUCACCGUCAAGGUGGAUGCGUUUGAGGUCCGCCCGGAGAACUCCUUCCUGCGGGAGUCCAUCAAAAACAACGGCGGCAACAGCUACUACUACGCGCAUGCCAACGAGAAGGAGCUUCCUCCAGAGGUGCGUUACGUCUAUGGCGGCGAGCCCAUCAAGCUAGAAUGCAACCAGCCAGGGGCACCCCUCAAGGCUUCCGUGGCUAAAGCUUUGACACACUACUCCUGGGCUGACGAGGGGGAGUUCGUUUGCAUCUACGUGUCUGCGGAGGGGGAGCCGGAGGCCAUCGAUGCUGCCAAGGAUGGGGAAGUCAAGGUCCACUUCGAGGCCAGAUCUGCGGAGCUGCGGAUCUGCAAGGACUCCAAGGAGUUCGCCCUGAGCCUUAAGCAGCUGGAGGGCGAGAUCGUGCCAGACGAGUCCAAACACCGGGUCAGCGCCGGAAAGCGGGUGACGUUGAAGAUGAAAAAGAAGAGGACGGUGACUUGGACCCGACUUCAGCAGGGCAAGUAGGCGAUCCACCAAACCUCUAUGUGUCACCCCAUACAACUCUUCCAGUAUCGCUUGGCUGAUGUGAGCAUGUGUAGAGAAAUUGCAGGCGCAACUGCACUUGCCUUACAUGAAGCCAGGCAAGUACAAGGCAGUGCUCCCGGAUUCAACAGAAUAGAGUGGACAAGUUUCUUGAAAGAGGACUCGUGAUCCGCCGAGUGCAAGGCAAGCAAUGUAGAGAGAAGUUGCUAGGGGACUCAAGAGUCCAUCAAGUGCAUGAUCCGAGGGAAGCAAUUCGCUUCCUUGAUUGUCUCAGUCGAGCAAAGGAAGUCAGGA